AUGGCCACGCCGAGGUUCAAGUUCGUGUGGCAAGCAGAUGCUACGAGUCGAUAUGAUGUUGUUGGCCAAGCGCUCAUCGAGCAGUUGAAUCGAUUCGUGGCCUUGGAAUACGACGGCUCUGGAGACUCCAAGGCGAUCGCACAGGCGCAGCAAUUCAACGAAACUUUCCACGGUAUGAUGGCAGCAGAUGGGCACACAUAUGAAAGCUUCCCACACGAUCGCUCUCGCGUUCUCGAAGAGUGUUCAGCUGAUCAUGGUCUGAUCCACAUUGAAAAUUUGUUCACCGCCUCGCAUUUGUUGAAAUACGCUGUCCAUUCAGCUCAAAAGAAGCUAGAAUCUGCGGAGAAGCAAACAGAAGGAAAAAUAGAUGAGGAGGACCUUUACAUCUACCAGUACCCGCCGGCCGAUAAAGAUGGCCUGGGUGCAGACCUUGUCGAGCGACUGAACAAGGGCUUGGACGCGAAUACCUCCAUCUACCGUCUCGCGAUUGGACAUCAAGAAGCGUAUCAAGAAUUCUGCCGAGCAGUAGAAGAGUCCGGUCUCGAGGAGUCAUCCUUUCCUGAAGAUACUGCCAUCUCGCAAACCUGCACAGACCCCAUCGCGAUUCGCGACCCCUUCGAGGCGGCCAGACUGCUACGUGAUGAAAUCGCCACGUACGCCGUGAAAUGGUACCGUAUCAAGGAAGGGCACGACAAUGUUUUCACUUGGACAGAGCUCGCGGAAACCUCACAAAAGGACAUCACGCAACUGAUGACCAUGCUCAAAGCGGACGACCAGUGGCAGCUGCGCAAAGACGUCGUCGAUGCACAAGUCGCAGCGAAAUCUUACAGCAGCCCUGCACAGUCGUACAGCUUCCGCACCGUCUCCAGCGAGGGAAUGGAUUGGAAGUCCCGAUACCUCGAUGCCAUCCGGUCCGUCUUGGACGCUCUCGCCGACCGAACGGAGAUUCGCAUCAUGGAAGCCAUGCAUCGCGCACAAGACCUCAGAUCAGCUUGCUAUGCUGCCGUCCGAGCAGAUGAGAUACCUUGGCCACAAAUCCUUCGUGUGACCCAUGAUCGCUCCGCUGUGCAAGCUGCUAUCACGAGAGCCGACCCCGAGAUUGUAUUUGGAGAGUUGUUCACGGCAGAUAGACUGCUCUUCGAGAAUAUGGAACGUCAUAUGCAGGAAUGGCGAACUGCGAGGCUGCAUAAUAGUCCUGCCUGGCUGAGGUUGAGUGCGACCAAAAAAUCUCAUGUGGAGCACAUUCUUCAAGGACCGGAUGGGAAUGGUGCACAGACCAUACGGUGGUCCAGUGUAUCGACUCAAAAGGCGAAGACAAGCGUGCGGGAUGAAGCUAAAGGAGACGACAGCCAUGUGCUGUCUCAGCAGGAUGAGGAGGAGGUGGUGGAGGUGGAAGAAGAUGAUGAUGAUGAAGACGGAGACGAAUCAACUGGUAGCGCCCCCUCGUCCGCCUCCUUGACAGCACUCUUCGCAGCGACCAGAUUAUUUCAUCAUGAUGAUGAUGACGACGAUGCUAAUGUUAAUGAUGAAGAAGAAAAAGAAGAAGAAGAAGAAGAAGAAGAAGAAGAAGAAAGCUUCGCAGCAGCCAGAUUGAUUGACGUAAUAGACCUCGACGACGACACAGACUCCAACUGUGCAUCAGAAGAAAUCCCCUCGGUCUCGCAGCAGAAUCUGCCAGAGGAUGUUGGAGAACAACAACAGCAACAACACCUCGAAGAAGUUUCGGCUGUUGUGGUUCAACACCCUUUGGAAGAAUCGUCGGCGGCAGCACCAGCGGCAGCAGUGAUGAGUGAUUCUACUACCACUCCUCCAGCUCCUCCAGCUCCUUCAGCUCCGGCUUCUUCAACUUCUCUUCCUCCACCUCCACCUCCUUCUCCUCCACCUCCACCUCCACCUCCUUCUCCUCCAACUCCUCCGCCUCCGCCUCCCCCUCUCCCUCCCUCAACUCCCCCAAACCUUCCAAAUCCCCCCUCUUCCCUCCCCCCACCAACCACCCCCAUCCUCCAACCCGACCAACAACCCCAACCCCAGCAACCCCAAACAUGCAUCCUCUUCGCCGGAAAAUUCUUCGGUCAAGUUCCCAUGAGCCGUACAUCCCGCUCUCCAUCCCAAGAAGAAGAAGGAGAAAAAGGAGGAGGAGAAGACAGUGUGGUUUCGGCAUAUGAUUCCGAUAAAAAGGGGGUAAGUAAAGCACAGCAGCAGCAGCAAAAAGGCGAAAAAUGUUAG